CCUGCCCUGGAAGAAGAGGCUACGUGACUACCAAGCAGUGUCUUGAGCGGUAACCUUAAGUGACCCCGCGAUGUUCCUCGUGCGGCGCGUCCGUCCCCGCAGACUCUGUGUGUUCUUCACGGUGCUCGGGCUCGUAUUGGCCGCAGGAAUCGUUCUACAAACGGACCGCGAGAACCGAACCAUUAUAGACCUGAGCGAUGAGGACACGGAGAGAAACGCGCUGUCCACCCCGACUGUAGCUCGCACCACAGACGUCUCUACUCAGCCAUACUCGCCUAAGAAGGUGGUAGUGUUGAUGUCCCUGAGUAAAUGUGGCGGUUCGUCCGUGGGAGAACUCUUCAACCAGAACCCGGACGUCUUCUACUUCUUCGAGCCGCUGUGGGGAUUAGAGUACGCCAUCAAGAAGUCAAACGAGGAGAACGGCACGAAAGACAGGAUAGACGACUAUCAGCGGCUGUCAUUCCGCCUUGUGAACUCCGGCUCGCACUGUAACGUGUCGGAGGACUCGCGCAUCUUCCUGACGGUCUACAUGAAGAACACGAUCUUCAGCGGCGCGCACCGGAGUGAGUCCAUGCGGACAGUGUGCGAGCUGGCCAAGCAGCGCCUCCCGCAGUCAGAGAGCAGAUGUCCCAUCAACGAUAACAAGGUGCCUGACGUCAUAGAACAGCUGUGCAAAGAGAAGCCCCAUUACGUAGUGAAGGUCAUCCGGGUCAAGGACAUCAUGGCGCUUCGGCAGUUCGCGUUCGAGGAGGAGGUGGACUACAGGAUUGUGCAGGUGAUCCGAGACCCCCGCAGUGUCAUCGCCUCCCGGCUGAGAGCGAAGUACUCCACAAACUCCACCUUACAGAAGUACACCGAAGAGCACGUGCGGGAGGCCGGGUACCAGUACCUGUGCAGGUGGAUGUCCGACAACGCGCGGACCCAGGACAGCAUCACUCCGUGGCUGGAGAGCCGCUUCGCCUCGCUGCGGUUUGAAGACUUCGCGGCGAACAGAGUCGUCACAGCUGAGAGGAUGUACAGUUUUGUCGGGCUGCCUCCACAUAAACAGAUGCUGAACUGGCUGAGUGCCCACACCCGGCCCGCACUGGACAGGAAGGACCCCUGGCGGUCCCUGCUGGAAUGGGAGGCCAUCAGACUGAUCCAGGCGGACCCGGCGUGUCAGAAGGUCAUGAAGCUGUUCGGCUACAUCCCCGCCGCCGACAAGUCGGACCUCACUAGCGACGGCUGGGCAUCGGUCAAGCCUGUAGCCGCACACGUCGUCGCUAUAUCUUAGAUACAUAGAUAGGUUAGAUAUGUUACAUAGAUAGGUUACACAUCCCAAACGAGAAAAGUAUUUGAAGUGUGUUAGAACUCUACGCUUGUGACCGCAUCUGUUAGCAGCGACACCUAGCUGCAGUGCGUAACAGACCCAGUUCAAAAAUCAGACUGUUUGGCGACAAGUGCUGCCUAAUCUCCAAGCAGAUCUUGCGGUGGUAUAAGAUAGUAUCGUAAGCUU